UACCAUAUGCUAUAACCAACAUCAUAAAAAUGAAAAUUGACAUGGCUUGAAUGGAGAGACCCUUGAAAUUCUCAGCCAAGUUCAUUCAUGACCUUUUUUUUUUGGUUACAAAUUAAAGUGGCUGAGAUUAUGGAAAUUAUGGUAUUUGGACCAGCUGAAUUUAUAAUAAUGAUAAAAAAAAAAGAAUUAGUUUUUCUUGCCCUCUUCACCACCUUCUUCUAUGUAAGCCUUCUUUCUCCUUUCAGCUUGGUUGCAUAGACAAAUCAGAAGGAAACACGUGGCGUAUAUUCCGUGGACCUUCCAGUUGGUCUUGGGCGGUUGGCGCAAGACCACCCUAUGAAACACCGCCACGUAGUAAUGCAGUCCAACAGCAAAGGCCACAAACGUCUGGCCCAGGCCCAGAAACUUCGAGCCCAAUCCACAGUCCGUCGAGAACACCAGGAUCAGGUACAUCAGUAGCAGCAAUAGGUACAGCACGUACCCCAGUGUCUGGAGCACCUGUAACCAGAUGUACGUCGACGGUGCCGUGGCGUAGAAGAACUUCAGAGGCUCGAGCCCCGUGAGGAGGGAGGACAGACAGAGGAUGGAGAAGUAAAUGGAGAGAUAUACUUGGAUGGAUAUCAAGAGUUUCUGGAGAGAGAAGUAUGCUUUGAUGCGGUUGACGAUGAGGGAAACCAGGAUUAAAGGGAUCAGAAUGAAUGCGCAGGAGACGACGGUGGCAAUGGUAGGUGCGUGCUUGUUGCCGACGAUGGGUUUGAAUUGUUUUGUAAUUUCUUUGUUGUAUUUAGUAAUGUAGGCUUUUGAUGUGUGGGAGAUUCUCUCAAUGUCUGGGAUGAGGUUUUUCUGGAACUUGAUGGGGAAAUCUCUGAAUUCGGAUACCAAAUCAUCCCCCUCGUCCUGCUCAAUCCAGCCGGGUUGUUGUUGGUUUUGUUUCUGCUUCUGGGUCUUUUCCUGCUUGGGUUUUUUCUCUGUGGUUUGAUCCUUUUUGGGUUUCGAAGAUUCAGGGUCAAUCUGUUUCUGGGUUUGGGUUUGUUUUGUGGAAGUGGCUUUGGUGGUUUUGUUUUUGGGGAAGCUUAGUUUGAGAACUAGAUCUGAGGACUCCUUGGAUGAAGAUGAAUUGGAUUUGGUAGAAUUGGCGAGUUUCAAUGUUGAAUUGAGCUUCUUCAAUUGUGAAGUGGAAUUGAGCUUCUUGAGCAGGGAUGUUGAAUUGAGUUUCUUCAACUCAGACUUGGAAAGGGUGGAAAGUGUUGAUGCUUUUGUUGAAUUGGUGGGUUUGGUGAGCUUGGUUUGGUUUUUCUUUGACAAAUUUGAUUUGAUGAACUUGGUAGUGGAUUCCUUUGGCUUGAGAAGCUUGGUCAGGUUCUUGCUGGGUAAACUAGAACUCUCUUUCUUUGGCUGCUCUAUCACUUCUUCUUCCUCCUCCAAUUCUAGCAACCUUCUUCUGCCUACAAACUGUUUGCUUUUAUGCCCCUCUGGCUCUGUGGAGGCAAGAAGCUAUAUAGAAGAUGUGAAAAGAAACAAAACAAGAUAAAGCAGAAGUACCUUCCUGAAACUGACGUACAUGAGUGAAACCAUUUGAGAAGAUCUAUUGGAGGGGUUUAGAGAACUCAGAUUGGAUCUAAAGUUUCUGGAAAAGAGAUGUUGAGAGAGAGAGAGAGUUGAAGAGAAAGUAGGAGAGGGAAUUACAUAGUUAUGUCAUGUGUGCAAUAAUAUAUCAAGGACAUGAGU